GUUGGAUACAUACAUAUGUACCUAGCAAUUAGGGAAGUCAUCACGAUAACAAUGAACUUUAACUUUAACAAACCUCGACAUUUGAUGCCUAGCCCGGAAGUAUCUUUCUAUCUUUUUGAUUAUUCUUCUGCGUCUCGUCUAUACCCUUGGAAUAGUGCAGCAUAAACGACAAUCCUUGUCUGGAAAUCCCUGGUAUACCGAAAUACAUUCAGUCAACAUGGGUUUAAUGGAUCAACUUCCACCAGAGAUCCUAUUUCACAUACUCGAAUGGACUGUCAUAGCUCUCUAUGGCAACAAGAACGAUCUCUUACAGCUGCGCACUACUUGCAAAAUGUUUGACGAGAUUUUGAAACCCUUUGCUCUUCGAACUCUCCAACUGGAAUUCACGCGUCUAAAUAAGUCCACGAGAGAGACGAAUCCGCUGGACGAUGAUGCAUUGUGCCGCGCUGGCCCUGUAUGUCGGGCUCUAUAUCUCGACAUGAUGGUGGUGAGGGAUGAGGGUGAAGUUAGAUUUCUAAGCGAAUUGUUUUCUCAUAUUGGCGCGAUGGAUGACUUCACGGCGAAUUUACGACAUAAAUUUUGCAUGACCGAGACGUCCUUCACCGAGAUUGACUACCGUCGCCAACUUGGCACCAUGCUCGAAUAUGCCCCGAACGUCGAAGCCGUGAAGCUGAACCUUCCUUUCCAGUUGGUAUAUCCGAGACAGUAUCGAGCCGCUACAAUAAUACUAGGGAAUAGCUUUGAGGCGCUGGUACAGCGGCCUGAGGAGUCACGGACCUUAAAAACAUUGGUUCUUGAAAAUCUAUCCAAUAUAUCGGUAGUGAGCCUCUGGCGUAACCCGCAAGACGUCAAGAACAUCAUUACUGUUUUCAGUGAUCUUCGGCACUUGUUUAUGUCGGUACGGCGAAAUGAAGAGGGCCAAACUCACACCAUCAGCUUCCGAAAUCGCCUAUGGGAAAUGAUAGGAAAGGCAGAGAAGCUCGAAAGCCUAUGUCUUGUCGAUCUAGACGCCAUCGAGAAAUCCGAGGUGAAAGUUAAGGUCACCUCACUGCUAGACGCAAGCAUCGAGGAUUGGCAAUCCAGAUGUAUACCGACUAUUACGAAGCCUCCUAAAUCAGUUCUACCGAACUUGACCUUCUUGGAACUGCGCCAAGUCGAAGUCAUGGGUUGCGACCUUUUAUCGAUGUUCAAGUACUUCGUUAAGUCCCUCCGGGAACUGUACUUAGAUGGAGUCUGGCUUAAAGCCGUACAUCUACCACAAAAUCCCCAUCAUAGUACUUGUAACCUCUGGAUCGGCCUUCCCAAUAUGCGGCCUCAGUCCGAUCAGCGCUGGAUAGCGACGUAUCUACGCCAGAUCCGAUCCAGGUUACGCGUCUGCCGCGUUGCUAACCUAGGCUAUGAUCAGUUCAUUCUAAACGCUCUCUACCAGUUAUCCGGGAGCGGGCCGAAAUUCGACUUAGCAGACCCAUGCGAUCUCUCACGUACCUUGGAGCAGCGCUUCGUCGAAGUAGCCAUGGGGAUAGAACAACCGCCCGCUCCCGACGGAUCUCCAGUUGUCUACCUACCAGAGGAACCAUUGCAAGACGCAUGGGCCCUAGCCGAUCGCUCUCGCACAGAAAAUCCACUCAAACUGGAAGACUGGGACGCGCGAUACUAUCUAGCUACCCACCCGAGUCCGACAUCCUCUUGGCAGCACUCGAUCGACGGCCAGUUCCCCAAUGGCAACCAAUUCACCCUCAACACCUUGCAAGGCUUCGCGGAGAACGCAUAUCACGGUAUGGCCUUGCUCAACGAGCUUAGCCAGCUUAGUGAGGCGGCGGACGUGGAAGGGUCUGCCGAGGAAGAGGGCGGGUUCGUUGCUUAGGGUUACGAAUUAUUCUUUUAUUUUCUUCAAAGCGUUUAUCGGUUUCUUCAUGACUACCUAGGUAACUAAGGCUUUGAUGAUUGAUGACAAUUUUCUUUAAUCUCUACUACGUUUACCGAGGCUUUUUGCCCGUAAAAUAUUCACUGUUGUACCUAGGUAGUUAGAAAUAGCUUGGGAUAGCGCUGCCUGGGCGUCUUACUCACGCUGAUUAAGCCUUAAUUCUAGUAGGCAUCAGUAUUAAAACACUCAUUAUUAACCGGUCAUUCCGUUCCAUCGCAAUCACU